AAGACAAAAUAUAUUUCCGUGUCUUUCGCUCCUGGAUUUUGGGUUCGAUCGAAGCGAGAGCGCUGAGGUCCUUUGCCCCAAGUCUGAAGAUCCACUGUUUGUAUAUAUAUUUUUUUGACCGAGUCACUGACUCAGUACGCAUAUGUCUGCCUGUCUUCAUUAUUCUCACAAAAACAUUCCUGAGAGUUGAGCUGAAAUACCCUUCCGAGCAAAGGUGGACUUCGAAAUGUUGGCAAUGUUCAUGGUUUGAUGCAUCAAAUUUAGCUGAAUCAGAGACGGGUUUCUAUUGAUUUUUUAUUUUGAAUUCUGUAGUUUUUGGAAUAUCCUGAGGCCUUUGUUGUUGGAAUCUUGUGGGUUGUGACCAUGCCUUCUACGCACAAUCCGGGUUCUUCUUCACCUUUGACUUCAUUUGGUCGCUCGAUUUGGAGUCGGCGAGAACCGUUUCAUUCCAUUGAAGCUGAUCAUGAGUCCAGUGAACAGGAAUUAGAGCUGCAAUCUUUUCAAAAACUUGUUGUAGAUCUAUUUCAUGACUUGUCAGCUGUUAGUGCUGAUGAAUUGCUCUCUAUUGCGUGGAUUCGGAAACUUUUGGAUGUUUUUGUUAUCUGCCUAGAUGAAUUCAGGGUUCUCUUGUUGAAAAACAAGGCACAGGUUUCUAAACCUCCCUUGGACCAUUGGGCUGAUGAAUACUUAGAUAGGAGCUUGAAGGCACUUGAUAUUUGCAAUGCCACUCGUGAUGGGAUUGAGAAGAUUCGUACAUGGCAUAAGCAUUUAGAGAUCGUAAUGUGUGCCUUAGAAUCUCGAAAGAGGGCAUUUUCUGAGGGCCAGUUCCGUCGAGCAAGAAAGGCUUUGAUGGAUUUGACACUUGAAAUGCUUGAUGAGAGAGACUCUGGGUCUGUGUUUUCUCACCGGAACUGGUCUUUUGGGCGAAAUAACCCAAGAAAGGAUGCUCGUCGUCGUCAACACUCAUCUGGGAACUCAUCUGGGCAUUCCCGCUCUCACUCAUGGAGCAUAUCCAAUUCUUGGUCUGCAGCUAAGCAGCUCCAAUCAAUUGCAAACAACUUGAUAGCACCUCGUGGGAAUGAGAUUAUUGUAACCAAUGGGGUUGCAGGCUCUGUUUACACAAUGAGUUCUGUGCUCACUUUUGUUUUGUCGGCUCUUGUGGCUGCAAUUCCUUGUCAGGAUCGAGGUCUUAGUACUCAUUUUUCAAUCCCACAGCAGUACUCCUGGGGUAUCCCAUUAAUCUCACUACAUGAACGGAUAAUAGAGGAAUCAAAGAAGCGAGAGAGCCAGAACUCUAAUGGAUUGCUGAGGGAGAUUUAUCAUGUUGAGAGAUGUGCACGCCACAUGACAGACUUGGUCGAUGUGGUUCAGUUUCCAUUGACAGAGGAACAGAAAGUGGAAGUUGAACAAGAACUGCAGGAGUUAGCAUCGAUUUGUGAAAAAUUUAAGCAUGGACUGGAUCCUCUGGAACGACAAAUCAGGGAAGUAUUCCGUAGGAUUAUGAAUUGCAGAACUGCAGGUCUCGAACUUUUGAGUAGGGCAAACAAUCUGGAGUAACUCAAAGUAGAUAAAUUUCGACCGAGCAGUGUACAAAUUUCCGAACAUAUUGUUGUUUUGCAUAUUUCUGAGUUUGCAAGGAGAGAGGAAGUAAAGAUGGUGAUCAGCAACAAUACAGAGGUUAAACAAGCAUCUUGAAAGUAUUUCUUUAAUUUCUUGAACAAACAUAGUAACUUCUUUUUCCGGGUCUUUUGGUAAAAUUAUUUCGUCUUCUUUUCUUCCCCCGGUCUGUAUGUCACAGUUUGGUUUGUAUAUGUUAUGUUUUAAAAGUCCUAUUCAAAUUUACUUACAUUUUUGCGCUAACUCAGUA